AUGUUACGAUUUCGUGGUGUUUUAGGUAACAUUUUGCCCAAUUGUCGCAACAUCUGUUUGCAACUUCUAUUCUUACGCUUUUUUAGGUAACACAUCGCGGAAUUUUCUCGAAACCUUUCCUGGAUUUGCCGUUUUUGCUUUCUUUAAGCUCUGGUUUUCGCGGAUCGUAUUGUUUAUUCGCGUUUUCUGUUUUCCUUAUUAUUUUUUAGUGCCGAAGCGGCUGACGUUCAAAAUUAGAACGCUCAACCUCUGACGAGGUUGACGAGGACAGUUACAGCGAUCUGGAGGUCCCAAUCUCAUCUUACAGCGGUCUGGAGGUCCCAAUCGCAUCCUCUUGUCGCCUCUCUGGGGAUUUGUUGGAUGUCCCCGAUCACGCCCUUUGUCAGAAUUUUUCACAGCAGGUAGAGACCCAAAUCAGAGCCAAGUGUAAAGGUAGGCCGUUUUCAUUUGUACGGUACUAUCGUUCAGUGUGGAAAGAGUUAAACGACCGAAAUUCUCCUAAACCUUGGCCGGAUGUGGUAUCAAAAAUAAUGGUACAAGGUCUACGCGUUCCUGAUUCGACCAGAAUAGUUUCGGUGUGCGGAUUGAUGAAUGCAUCAGAAAUCAACUUCAACGAGAAGGAGGACGAACAAAUCCCGCAGCACUUCACUUUAAUGGGUAAGGAAAAGGUUAAAGUAGGCCAUUGCUAUUUUUAGGCGACUACUUCCAACUUUCCCCCAAGUUCCAUGAAGUCAGGUUGUUGGCGGACGACAUAGAGAACAGUUGCGGUUUCAACGAAUCCGCCCUAUUAAUGUUGCUGAAGCGCAAGCUACCCCACUCAACACUAACACAAGUAUGCAGAGGAACCCGCGGCCUAUACAGCAUUUGCCAACUGUUCUAGUAAGUGCGACGUUGUGUGUAUUUAUGUUUUUCAGUGAUUUCAAGUUUGACGUCUCCCUGUGCUCGGAUGAGAAUCCGAUCGUCUUCCAAACUCCACCCCAUUCCGUAAUCCCAGAAUAUAUGGAUCCGCUGAUCAACGUCCCGUUCGUCAGCAUCUUCAUCAACCUCCCAAGGAAGGGAUAUCGGCACGAUGAGCGCUAUGCUCAUUUCUGCGACGUCGACGAUCGGCACAACAACGCGACUGUACACAGUCUUCGCGUUCGGGCCUACUUCAACCAGCGCAACCUCAAUGUCGCAAAAGGAGUGUUCAACCUGGUGUGCAACGACACGAAUAGAAUAAGAAUGGAGAACUCGAUGUACUUGACUCCUUAUCGAGGUAGGUUUCCUACACAUUGUUACAUUGUUAAAAAAAACUUUCAGUCCAACAAACCGCAUUCCAAAGGCAAAAACAAGACAUGCCAUGGUCAUGCCCAACCGUCGAGAGCUACACUUUCGACAAGAGCAUAAGUCUGGAGGCCGAAUUCGUGGUCGUUGAUUUCGUCAGGACCAGGGACCAAGGAUUCAUCCUCAACGCGGAUGUUGAAUGGCCGUGCUACCCCGACGUGAAACGUUUAUUGGUUGGAAUGAGCCGGGCCAAACGAGCGCAGGUGAUUUUGGCGUCCGUGGACGAUGAGAAAGCACGUCGCAACCCAACCACAACGCUGGAGGUACUGGCGCACCACCACAUGUGGAAUCGACACCGUAAACUUCUAUACGUGAAUUUGUGA